UCUUUCAGAGGUCAGGUCACUGCUCUUCCUAGGAAAAGGUUUGUUAGGGAAGCCCAUUUGUUUACAGGAGGAAAAGUGCCAAAAGCAGAAGCCAAGGUCAUUGUAGAUUUCUGCCAAACUGCUUACGAUGCAGAAAGAGAAAGUUUGCAGGUGAGAGUGUUGGAAUCCCUGCAUUCGGAGUAUUGCAACAUGAUAAAUUUUGGCAAAGAGCGAAUCAAAUAGGUUUAGCUUGCUUUUCCAUGGAAAAUACUGUAAUUUCCCUCACCUUGCAUUUAUUAGUGUCCUUUGUUUUGGGACUGGUGAUUAGAAGAUAAGCAAAGGCCCAACAGACUAGUCAUUACUUAAAUAUGUGUCUCAAAGGAGCUGCUGUUUGCGGAGAGAUAAUAAAUUCUGGAGAAGAAGAAUAUUGAGGCUUUGGGGAUUUUAGUCUCCAGGACAGCUGACUUUACUUUUUUGCAAAUUAUUCUUAAUUCUGACAGGUUCUUGAGUUAUGGUCAACUCAAGUGCUAAGAGAGAAUCCAGCACACUUUGUUAAUCUUACUUCUUAUACCAAAAACUCACAGACAUUGUUAAGUGCCUUUGAAGGUUUUCAGAAUGGAGGAAGAAAAACCACAUCUGUCCAGAACGUAUGGAUUUUCGUCAAGCUUUAGCUGAACAAUAAGUUGUCAAUCAAUUUAGAACAACAACAGCAAAAAUACUACAUAAAAGGGACCUUUUUAUCUCAGAAAAAGUAUAUGGGACCUGCAGGACCACCAUUCUAAACAGCAUUAUGAGCCACCGUCUCCUCUCAAGAAGCUCAUCAACUUAGUGAAGAAGGAUGUGAAAGAGAGUGACUGAUAAAGAGGAGGCUGACCGAAGAACAUUAUUCUUUUUCAAGCCAAGAAGAUCUGAAGCCAUGAUAAUGAGAUGGAUGUUCUUCCUUUUGGCUGGUUUGAUGCUACUGAGUGGCCCUUGUGUAGCCAGGUCUCGUGGAAAGAAAUUUGUCACAGCAUUUCUACUUAACAUCUGGGAAAGCCAACCCAGUGCUCAGUUUGAGUUGCUUAUCACUGGAUACCAUCCUGCAACCACUGUCACGGUGACAACAAAAAGUCCCAGCUUUGAGAAAACCAUUUCUGUCAGUACAGGACAAACAGUCUCUGUCAAACUCCCAAGCACUCUUGAGAUGCUGCAAACUGGCAUCUAUAACAAAACUGUGGUGAUCGAAGCUAACAGAGACAUCUCAGUAUCUGCUCUCAACUACAAGGACUACUCCAUUGGUACCACCGUUGUAUACCCAGUUGAGCAGCUCGGCACAGUGUAUUAUGUAGUGACACCAAGCGGUGAUCUGCCUAACACUUUUAAAGAAUUUGCAGUUGUAUCCUAUCAAACUCCCACCAGAGUUGACAUCCACCUAACGGGAGCUGUGGCAUACCAAGGACACAUUUAUCCUAAGGGCAGCACACUUGUUGCUAAUCUCCAGGCCUUCCAAGCAAUCCAGAUCCAAAGCUCAGAUGAUUUAUCCGGCACUAGAGUUGACUCCAAGGAACCUGUGGCUGUCUUCACAGGACACAGUUGUGCUCAGAAAAACACAGCCUGCGACCAUGUUGUGGAACAGCUUCUUCCUGUUUCCAGCUGGGGAACCACCUUCAUCGUCCCGCCUCUGUCUUUCCAAACUAAAACUGACAUUGUCUAUAUUGUUGCUUCUCAAAACACUUUGAUGAAGUAUCACUCUACGCUCACUGAAGGUUCUCAUAACAUGGUGGCUGGGCAAGUUAUCCAAAUGGAGAUGCAAAGUUUGCAACCGUUUUAUAUCUCUGCCAGUGCUGGACUCCAGGUUGUGCUUUUCUUCACUGGAGCAACAACUGGAAAUACAUCUUAUGAGCAGCUAAUACCCUUGCCAGCUGACGCACCCAAGGAAAGCCGACUCUACGAUCCAUUCCUUGUCAAUAUACCAGACUUAACAAAUUAUUGUAGACUGUUUCACGUUAAUGGGAUGAGGCAGAAUGAUAAUUAUGCUGUCCUCAUUGCCAAUACUUCAGAAUCCAGCCAGGUUAAACUAGCAAAAAGGGCCAUUGAAAAGAUCCACUGGAGGCCAAUUCCUGGAACAGAAUAUUCUUGGGCUGAAUAUCUCAUAGAGACAGGAACAAAUGCCCUCUCUGCAGAGCACCCCACUUCUCCUUUUGGGCUCAUCAUCCUUGGAGGAUUGUACCGCAGUGGCUAUGGCUCUGUGGCCCUUUGCUCCUGCAAAUCAGUACCAGAGUCUUCUGCCAAAAAUCCAAAAGGGUCAGCAUUAACUUCUUCUGUCCCCAAGAUAAAAGAACCGCUGCUGUAUCCUUAUGGGAAGGACCAUGGUGACACAAGGAACCCCAAGUCAGAUGAUGGGGUGUCUCCAGAGAUUUCCACAGCAGUGCCUUUCCCCUUCUAUGGCAAGACAUACAACUCUAUCUAUGUGGAUAACAAUGGGCUGAUCUCCUUUAGUGCAACAGUUCCAGAGUUUGCCGGAACACCUGACACUUUACCUCUGAAUGGGGGGCCACCUAUUGUCGCUCCAUUUUGGGGUGAUGUCUACAAUCCUAUCCGCGGGGAUGUCUUCUGGAGGCAGACUCAAGACCCAAAGCUCCUUCAACGCUGCACUGAAGAAAUCAAUCAGUACUACCCUGAGAUGUCUUUCACAGCCACGUGGGCUUUUGUUGCGACUUGGGACCGAGUGGCCUAUUUUGGAUCCAAAUCAAAGAAAGUCAACACCUUUCAGGCUGUCUUGACCACCAAUGAGGAAUUAUCCUUCAUCACAUUGAAUUAUGCAGAUAUUCAGUGGACCACGGGGACAUCGAGUGGUGGAGAUGCUAAGACAGGCCUUGGAGGAAUCCCAGCACAGGCUGGAUUUGACAAUGGAGACAAGACAAAUUACUAUAUCAUGCCUGGUUCCCGGACCUCUGAUAUUCUCAAUAUAACAAAAAUAAGCAAUGUGAAUUACCCAGGUCGCUGGGUAUUCCAAGUGGAUGAAUAUGUUACUGACCACACCAUGGACUGUUUCUUCUGAGCACAAGGACAACCGGAUCAGCUCGGACCUUCGGGACUUUGCCUUAGGGCCUUUUGUGUCCUUGCGGGUUAUUUUGGACUAUUUGUUCUCACCUACAUAGCCUAUGCUGAGAGAUGAUGGAAACGGUAAUCCAACAUGAUCUAAAGCACCGCGUUUCUUCCAUGCCUCUGCAUAUCUUUCUUUGACAUGAUACAGUCCUUCUGAACUCUAGUUUUAAUAGAUACCAUAUUUGCCUUUGUUCUGAGGAAUCUUCAGAUGAACUGCUAAUAAGUAUCUCCAAAACCCAUCUUGACGGACUAGUAAAGGCAUUUCGAAACUGAAGAAUUAAUGUCGUUUCACACCACUUUAACUGCCAUGGGUCAAUCCUAUACCAUCCUGAGAGUUGUAAUUUUGCAGGGGUUUUAGCUUUGUCUGCAAGGAGUGGUGAUGCUUCAGCCAAUGAUUCCAUAACAUUGAGUCCUGACAGUUGAAGUGGUGUCAAAGUGCACCAAUUCUACCCAAGGUCAUUCAAUGUGUUACUCAUUAUCCCCUAGAUCUCAAUAUAAUACUUCCUCCAAAAACACUUUCAGUGCAGAACACAGCAAAAAGUCAUUUGAAAAAGCUAUGGUAUAUUUAUGAAUUAUACAAUGUCUUGCAAAAAUACUGGAGCAUAUCUGAUUUGGGAAUGUAUUCAUCUGAGGAUUAAGAGUCCUUGUUGUGCCAUAAAAACAAGAAGAGAGGGAUUUGGGGGAAGAUUUGACAGUAUUAAGAAUAAAUUUUUAAUUUUA